AUGGCCAUCAGAGUCUUCUCGACGGUCACCUUGACCCUUGCCCUCGCACUCCAAGUAACAGCUCUUCCACGCCGCAUUUUUCAACCCAACAGAACCGACAUCACGCACCAUAUGCCCGUCCCUCGAGAUACCGCCGCACGCAGUAGUGAGGAGCAAUGGGUCUGUGUCAACGAGGAUUUGGAGCUUGAUCCGGUGGAAUGUCCCCCCGGCACACCAGGUGGGAUCCCCAAAGCGGUGGAUCUUUACAGAGUCCGGAUCGGAUGUAACGGUCUACGUUGUCCCCAUCAGUGGGUUUUUGUCGAUGCCGGCCUGCCGAGAUUCAACCACACGUGCCCGCGACACGCGGUCGCUGCGGCGGCCAACUGGCGGAACUGGUGCUUUUUGGAGCCGCCCUUUUACAUGGAAGCCGCCGCGUGGUGUGUGACGGGAUCAGAACCGGUCGACCUCACGUUGGAUGGGCCCAGCAUCGACAGGUGCUGUGGUGAGUGGGUGAGCGUCAAGGAUCCAUUCUACAGGGACUAUCCUACGGUGCAGCUGCCCGAUCUCAGCAUCGUGCAGAACAAGAUUGUGGACGGAGAGGAGAUGCGAAGGGUGCUCAAGCCCAAUGCGUGGGAGUUCAACAUUGACAACAGCUACUGUCGAAUGUGGAUGUCGGAGACCGAGGCCCAGUACCAAUACUUUAUGCAGAACCUGGCGGCGUGGGAUAUUGACGAUGCGGAUUUAUUGGGUCACGGUGGCCCGAGAUUCAACAUCAAGUGGGACAAGGACCAAGCAUGGGGCCACCUACCGCCCUAA